AUGAACCGCCGCCAGAAGCGGCGUGGAAACCGCGCGGCGCGCAGCCCCGCCUCGGCCGGCGGCAAUUCCACUGGCACCGACCCCUCCUCCCCCUCGUCGCCCAUGACGCCGGGCUUCUCCUCGCCCGACACGCCCAUGUCCCCGAUGCCGGAUUCCUUCCAGCGCGAGAGCGUGGUCAUCCAGCAUGCCGAGCCGCCGCAGCUCUCCGCCGCGCCGACCCAGCGCCAGGGCCGCAAGGGGCGCGGCGCCAACACCUCGACCGCUGCCACCGAGGCCCUGGCCGCGUCGGUCGAGAAGCAGGCCGCCUCGCAGCUGGCCGAGGUUGUCCGCUCCGGCGAUGAGGGCGACGUCUCGGCGCCCACCUCGCCGGCUAUCCCGCCCGCCGAUCACAUCACCUACUUCGUCCUGGGCAGCGUGCCGCAGAUUGGCACCGCGGUGUCGAUGGAUGAGGUCCACAAGCUGCAGGCUCCCCUGGACGCGGAGGACACUCUCGAUCGCCUCGCCGCUCAGGCCCUCGGCGUGCCCCACCCCCAUGGCACUCUUUGGGCAUGCACGCAUGGCACUGAUGGCCUGAGCCUGCUGGUGCCGCUUCCCGGCACUGCCACUGUCGCUCAGCUGGCCAAGAUUCUGGCCCUGGACCCGUCUCUCGCCCUGCUGGCCACGCCGGCCGACUUCAUUCUCAUCUGGAAGUCCAUCAUGAAGGCUACUGCCCUGUCGCGCUCGGUUCGCCGCCUGCUUGACUCUUCGGCCACGGAGCACCGGACUCUCAGCACGGAUCUGCACAACUGGCUUAUUAGCCACAAGCCCAAGAGUUAUCUCGGCGAGAUCCUGGAGUCCUUCGAAUACUUCUCCACCAGCAUUGCCACCGGGACCGGCGCCUCCGAUGCAUUCGUCCUCUUCUUCAAGAAGUCCAUUGCCGACCUUAGCGAGGGCCGCAACACCAGCGAGUCUGACAGCGACUGGCCCAAUGUGGUCAACGGCUUCCUGACCCACUACUCGUCGCUCGCCUGCAAUGCCUGGGUUUCCUUUGUCUACUGCCUGCCGGCCAACUUCAACCCGGAGGACUCGUGUCUGGUGUCCUCGGUGCUGCAUGCGCUGCAAACGCCCGAUGACCAGAUCAUCAUCCCCUUCGUCGAGCCCGAUAGCGAGUGCGAGUCGGCCGCCGAGGAGGCCGAUCCCGAGGUGACCCCGACCCCGGCCGAGACAAAGUCCGAGAUUGUCGACCCGGAGUCCGAGCCUGAAGCCGAGCCCGAAGCCGAGCCCGAGCCCGAGCCCGAAGUCGAGCUCGAGCCCGAGCCCGAUACCGAAUCCGAGGCCGAGGCCGAGGCCGAGGUGGAGGUUGCCCCCCAGGUCCCAGUGGAGGAGGCUACUCCGGUCCCCGAGACGGAUGAUGGCGUUGAGCUUCUGCCGCCCACCUCCUCCACCGAGACGUGUGUCCUGGAGCCGGUUGCCGCCGUUGAGGAGUCCUUCUCCGAUGCGGUGCUGGUCCAGGACCCGGCCACUCUGGUGUCCGACUUGGAGCCCACCGAGGCCAGCGAGGCUCCGAAGUCCGCCACCAAGACGGCCCCCCCGCCGGCCAGCGAGCUGGCCACCGCCGAGGAGUCCCCCCGGCGCGGGGUCUCCGAGGAUGAGGACGAGGUGCCCUCCAAGCCCGUCCAUGUUUCUAAGGAGCAGGCUGCGGUCGAGGACCAGCAGCCCGUCCGGUCCUUUGCCCUGGCCAAGCUCUUCAUCGAGCUGGGGGACCGGCGCAAGCGCGUGCGCUUUGAGCCGUGUGGCCCGGUGGCCGGCCUGGCCGGCCUGCAUGGGGCCCUGCUUGACCUGUUCCGGGCCAGCUUCCCGGAUGCCGAGCUCCCUGCGACGCCGGUUGUGUCCGUGCGCGAGGCUGGCGAGGUGGACUUCUAUGAGCUGGACGACAUGGACUUCCUGGCCGAGGGGUGCUUCGUGCGGGUCGGGGCGGCCGGUCCGGCUGCCGGGUCUGGCGCCGCCUUGGCCGAGCGGUUUGAGCAGCUCCGUGAUGAGCUCCUCGGUGCCCUGACUGGCGGUGGUGUUGCCGCGAAUGUCUCCCGGCCGGUGGCCUCCUCGGCCAUGGCCACGGCCGCCGUGGUGGCCGCCCCGGCCGCCCAGGCCGCCCCGGCCGCCCCGACGAUUGUCUCGGCCGUCGACGGCCAGUCGGUGCGCGCUGUGGCCGCGGACCUCCGCUCUCUGAAGGCCACCCAGGGCGAGCUGUCGCGCUCGGCCCGCAAGCUGCAGAAGGACAUCCGUGCGGAGAUGCACCACGCCAUCGCCGCGAUCAAGAACUUCAAGGCCCCCAGCGCCCGUCACAUCGACGACGAUAGUGCCCGGAUUCUGGAGAACAACCAGACCCUGGCCGACCGUGUCAAGGCUCUUCGCCUGGCGGCCGAUGUCAUCCGCCUGGACAUCACCCGCCGGCGCAUCACCCCAGAUGCCGCCUCCAUCAAUCGGAUUACCACCGAGUCCAGUGACCUGGAGGCCGACCUGUCGGCCCACCUGGACUUCAUCGAGUCCUGCAAGACCACCUGGAAGCGCCAGUGGGAGACCGAGAUCAAGCGCAUCGGUGCCGAGAAGAAGCUCCUUGAGGAGUGGGAGAAUGACAUGCUGGACCUGGAUGAUGAGCGCGCCGGUGUGUCGACCGUCGUCGAGCGCGUGGCCAAGGCCGCCGAGAUCAAGUCCUCCCAGCGUGCCUCCCGGCCGCUUGACUGGGUGCCGCCCUCGCUGCCGGAUGGCAUCAGUGACAUGGAGCUCCGGUCUGGCCUGCUGUCGUCCAUCCAGAGCCGCGACCUCGAGCAGGAGAGUCUCAAGCGCAUGAAGGCCCUGGAGGAGACCCAGAAGUUCCGCAAGAUGACCCAGGUCGAGGAGGUGAACCCCUUCCAGUCGGAGCUGAGCUCCUUCGUCGGCCAGGGUCGCCUGCGCAAGACCAGCGAGAGCUUCGAGGAGAUGGAGCGCGAGCGUGAGGCUCGCGCCACGCGCCUCAUUUUCGAGGGCCUGGCGAGCAUUGCCGAGGCGGCGGCCGCCAAGCGCGGGUAG